AAACGGAUUUCCCUUUUUGUUUUUAUUCCCACUCCUCGUCAUAUCUCUCUACCUCGUGCGCAUAUUUUCUGCGCGACCGUAGUGUACAUAUACCGUAUGUAUCUCCUCUGAGUUGACGAUGUCUCUCCUAUAUCUCCAGCACCCAAGCAAUCAGCCACCGCCCAGUCACCGCCGCAGCAGGCUUGUCUAGACAUCAUCAGUACGAUCAAUUCCUGUGUUAGACGGUUAGACCCUGCCGGUGCCUCUUUUCUCUCGGCCACAAUUCAGUGUUAUCUCCUUGGCGUGUUCGAUGGGAAACAGACUUUCACGUCAAGAUCAGCAAGUCGUGGUCGUACGUGAUAUAUCAUACACCACUACGCAUGACCCGCUGCGAUCUUUCGAUUUAUACAUCCCGACCAGCUCAGUUGGAUCAUCCUUACCGUUGGUUUGUUUCGUUCAUGGAGGAGCAUGGAGGUCCGAAGAUAAGUCGGAACAUGCGAUCCUAGCACAACGUCUCGCAGCGCACACCUCCUUCCCUGUGGUCAUCCCGAAUUACCGUCUCACAAAACCUGAGACUCCCAUCAAACACCCAACGCAUACAGAAGAUCUCCUGCAAUUCCUAAAUUUCAUCUUGGAAUGGGAAGGUCCCCAAAACCAUCCACACCCGUAUGACUCCUCGAAACUCUACAUCAUAGGACACAGUUGUUCCGCUCACAUGCUCACCUCAAUUUACUUCACACCGGCACUUCCUCAUGCCGCAUUACCCUCACUCGUACCCUCAAAGAAGCUCCUAGAAUCUACACAAGCUAUCGCUCUCUCAGAAGGCAUUUACGACAUCGACCUUUUGAUAAACUCCUUCCCACAAUACAAAUCCUGGUUCAUCGCGAACGCAUUCGACGACUUGACAUCUUACGCUCCUUUCAACACGACCGCAUACAACCUGCAUGAAGGCUCUGAACACAUUCAUUGGUUGAUUUUACAUUCAAGGGACGACACGCUAGUGGAUGCGAAGCAGAGUGUCAAAUUCAAAGACCACAUAGAGAGUAUCUUGGGUAAGGAGAAGGUACUGUGGGACAUGAGCUUGAAAGGAGAACAUGACCAGAUGUUGCGAGAGGCAGAGUAUCCUAGGGUUGUAGGUCAGUUCAUACUCGAUCAUAGGAACAAAUACCAUGCAGCAUUGUGAUAUCUCAUGUGCGGCGAGAUGGGCCCACCUAUAGAUGGCAACGACUCUUGGUGUUCCCUGGUUUGUCGAUCUAUCGGAAUUCAACGUAUUCGGUGACAUACUGCAUGUCAUGCCGCAGAGGGUCUGUUUCUAGUUUACCAUUUUGGAUCUG